GCCUGCGCCCAACAAGACUUUUCGUUCACAUAUGAUAUCAUCGUCCCUCUCAAGUCUUAGCCAAAGCGGGAAAAAGCCCUACUGAGGUUUCAGGCGGGAAUCUUGGAGAAAGAGAUCGAUGGCGCCAUUGGUCCAGAGCUCUCAGCCAUGGGUCGAAAAAUAUCGGCCGAAGCAAGUGAAAGAUGUGGCUCAGCAGGAUGAGGUGGUCCGCGUCCUCACCAACACCCUAGAGACCUCAAAUUGUCCUCAUAUGCUCUUCUAUGGCCCGCCCGGCACCGGAAAAACCACCACCGCUCUCGCCAUUGCCCACCAGCUUUUUGGACCUGAACUCUACAAGUCUAGAGUUUUGGAGCUCAAUGCAAGUGAUGAUCGUGGGAUCAAUGUUGUUCGGACAAAGAUCAAAGACUUUGCUGCUGUCGCUGUGGGUUCUGGUCAACGACAGGGGGGUUACCCUUGUCCACCAUUUAAGAUCAUUAUUCUUGAUGAGGCGGAUUCAAUGACAGAAGAUGCUCAGAAUGCCCUAAGACGUACAAUGGAAACUUACUCCAAAGUCACAAGAUUCUUCUUUAUAUGUAAUUAUAUCAGCAGGAUCAUAGAGCCACUUGCCUCAAGGUGUGCAAAGUUCAGGUUUAAGCCACUUUCAGAAGAUAUAAUGAUCACCCGUGUACUGCACAUUUGCCAAGAAGAAGGACUUGACCUGGAGCCAGAGGUUCUGUCAACACUAAGUUCUAUCUCACAAGGUGAUCUUCGUCGAGCUAUCACAUAUUUGCAGUCAGCUGCUCGCUUAUUUGGAUCUUCUAUUACUUCAAAGGACCUGAUUAGUGUCUCCGGGGUAAUUCCACAAGAGGUUGUCGAUUCAUUUUUUGCUGCUUGCAGAAGUGGCAACUUUGAUUUGGCAAACAAGGAAGUCAACAAUGUAAUUGCAGAAGGAUAUCCAGUCUCCCAAAUGUUUUCACAGGUUCCAUGUUUGCUCUUUUACUUUUGUUGCUCUGAGUUCAUAAUGCUUGUCAUAGAAAUAUGGAUACUAAUAGAAUGUUGCUUCCAGUUGUUUGAGAUUGUGGUUGGAGCAGAUGAUAUAUCAGAUGAACAGAAGGCUAGAAUAUGCAAGAAAUUGGGCGAAGCAGAUAAGCGUCUUGUUGAUGGCAGUGACGAAUACUUGCAGCUGCUGGAUGUUGCAAGCAGCGCAAUGCGAGCUAUCUGUAACAUGCAAGAAGAAUUCUCUUAAGUGAAUCAUUUCAGAACUCAGAUGCAGGUGUUUUCUGUAUUGUAGAAACUAGUUAUUGAAUAUCUUUUGCUGGAACAUAAUGAUGUUGUGAAAUAGACGGAGCACUAGCUAAUGUUUAUUAUCUCUUAACAUGCGAUAGCUUAUUGGAUUAAUGGAUUUAGCAGUGAGCAUGGGAGACAUGGUUAGUGGUUUA